AAAAAGUCUGCGCAUUUUUAAAGGCAGUCUCAGACUCGAAUCGGGCCCUUCUCUCUCUCUUUUGAUUCGUGGAAAGGGCAAAGCCAUCAUGGGUGUGCCGGCGCGGCUGUUCAAGACGUCGCUCCAGUCGUCGCUCGAGGGCCUGCGAGCCUGCACGGCGCGCACGACGCAGCGCGACGCGGUCCCGCUCGCCGCGUCGAUUGCGAGCGAGGUGCCCAUCUAUGAGGGCAGCCAGCUGCGACAGUGGCUUGGCGAGGGUGCUGCCGCUGUGGAAAGGGAGGAGCAGCUGAUGGACGAGUGGCACGCGUGCCUAGGCGAAGGGCCAGGCGUCUUUGUCGUGCGCGACAUGGUGCCGCGCGAGGCAGUCGAUGCGGCCAGCCGCGCCCUAGAUGGCAUCCUCGAGGCCGAGGCGCGCGGCAGCGGCGGUCGAGCGCGGGGGGACCACUUUGCAAAGGCCGGCGCAAAUAGCCGUGUCUGGAACUCGUUUGAGAAGCUGGCCGUGGCUGACGCGGGUGCGUUUGCACGCUACUUUGCCAACCCGCUCCUCGAUCUCGCCUGCCAGGCUUGGCUGGGGCCUGGCUACCAGCUGACGUCACAGCUCAACGUCGUGCACCCCGGUGGACAGGCGCAGGACCCCCACCGCGACUACCACCUGGGCUUCCAGAGCGCCGCCGCAGCUGCACGCUAUCCGAUUGCGACGCAGGUGGCCAGCCAGCGCCUGACGCUCCAGGGCGCCGUGGCCCACUCGGACAUGCCCCUCGCCUCGGGCCCCACGCUGCUGCUCCCCUUCAGCCAGCUCCUGCCUGACGGCUACCUCGCCUACCGCCACGCCGAGGUGCGCAGCGCGGCCGAGGCCUCCUUUGUCCAGGUUCCCCUCGCCAAGGGCGACGGCCUCUUCUUCAGCCCGGCCCUCAUCCACGCGGCGGGCACCAACACGACGAGCGACGUGUCGCGCGCCGCCAAUCUGCUCCAGGUCUCGAGCCCGUUUGGAAAGCCGAUGGAGCGUGUCGAUACGCAGCGCAUCAUCCGCGCCGUCUUUGCCUCGGCUCGUGAACUGUAUGAGAGUCAAGUAGAGAAGGGAGGAAGAGGGGAAGCAGGGGGAGGGGUAACAGGAGGAGGGGCAAGGGCGACAUUGGCAGAGGUGAAGGCGCUGGUCAGGGCCACUGCCAGUGGGUACGCGUUUCCAGCCAAUCUGGACACGACAGCGCCCAAGCCAGACGGAUCGAUGGCCACGACCGAGCAGGACCUCCUCUGGGAGGCACUCGGCGCACGCUGGUCACAGGACCAACUCGAGACCGAGCUAGCGAAGCUGUAAAGGGGUGGAACAGGGCAGUGCAAUCAGCGAAAUCAACCAAUGAGAGUGAUGGCCUG